AUGGCCCCGCCCGCGAAGCGCCGCCGGCGGAACCCCGUUGAGGACUCGGACGAGGAAGACGAGCAGCCCCGAGCGAAUACCUUGGCCAACUACCUCCUGUCCUCGCCGAGCUCGCCCUCCAAGAAUCGCGUCCCGACCGCCUCGCCGAGCCCCGUGAAGCCGAGAAACGGCGCCGGUGCGACCAGCCCGAGCAAGCAGCGCCGCCCUUCGACGCUGAGCAAUGGCGCGAGCCCGAGCCCCAAGAAGAGCAGGGCCGCGAGCAAGGUCGAGGAGAAGGGCAAGACGGCCGACCUCAAGACCCUGUUUUCCAAGCAGGCACAACGCGCCACGAGGAUUGGCACUGCAAACGAUACGCGAAGCACUCCGAUUGACGACAUCAUAAGCGAUCCCAUAUCCGAGGACGACGAGAUCUCAGAGCUAAAGGCUAGCUCGUCCAGCUUGGUAGGCCAGCAUGCUCGAAAGAGGCUGCGCCAUGGAGCCGAGGCUACAUCCAGUCAACCGCUCAGCGCCACCCAGCGCUUUCUCCGGCCGCCGAAGCCUGCGGGAUCCGCUGCCCUCGACGACGACCUGCGGCCGUGGUCAGAACGCUUCGGACCCCGAAACCUCGACGAGCUCGCCGUGCACAAGAAGAAGGUUGCAGACGUGCGAAGAUGGCUGGAAGAUGUCAUGUCAGGGCGCUUGCGGCAGCGCGUCCUGAUCCUUAAGGGCGCCGCUGGCUCGGGCAAGACGACGACGAUGCGUCUGCUCGCUCAGGAACUGGGUUGCGAGCUCCUCGAAUGGAAGAACCCCACGGGGACCUCGGCCACGGGCUUUGUUUCCACCUCGGCGCAGUUCGACGACUUCCUGGGAAGGGGCGGCAAGUUUGGGACCCUGGAUAUGGAUUCCCCGUCGCCUGCUACCCCGGCCAGCUCUGCCAAUGGCGCCGGCAACGAUCUCACCAAGAGAAUCAUCCUCAUUGAGGAGUUCCCAAACACCUUUUCGCGGUCAUCCUCGACACUAAACUCCUUUCGAAGCUCCCUCUUACACUAUCUAGCCGCGCAUACACCAUCCCUAUCCAUGUUCGGCAAGCAACCGCAAAGGGAACCGAUAAAGCCGGUGGUGCUAGUGAUUUCCGAAACACUACUUACCACAACAUCCGCGUCUGCAGAUAGCCUGACGGCCCAUCGGCUCUUGGGACCUGACAUACUGCGACAUCCCGGGGUCGGGGUCAUCGAGUUCAACGCCAUAGCUCCGUCUCUUCUUGCCAAGGCUUUGGAGCUCAUCGUGCAAAAGGAGGCUCGCAAAUCCGGCCGCAGGAGAACACCGGGGCCGCUCGUUCUGAAGCGGCUCGGGGAGAUUGGCGACAUUCGAAAUGCCAUCUCGUCCCUGGAAUUUCUCUGCCUCAAGGGCGAUCAAGAUGCAGACUGGGGCGCCAAGGUAACAUUCACAAAGCAGAAACGAGGCGCGAGGGACGGCAUUGGCCUGACAAAGAGCGAGACGGAGACUCUGGAGAUGGUCUCUCAACGGGAAGCCAGUCUAGGCAUCUUUCAUGCCGUCGGCAAAGUCGUCUACAACAAACGUGACGAAGCACCGCCACCAGGUGACACCGUGGAGGACUUGCCGCCGUACCUCUCGCGGUUCUCGCGACCCAAGCGAUCACAAGUGUCUGUCGCUUCACUUAUCGACGAAACGGGGACAGACACCCACACAUUUAUCUCCGCCUUGCACGAGAACUACAUCCUCUCAUGCGAAAGCACAGGGCCAAUGGACCUUUCGACUCCUAUGGAUUACGUCAACGAAUGCAUAGAAUACCUGUCACUCAGCGAUCUACUCUGCCCCUCGCGAGAUGUUUUCUUCGGUGGCAGGGGUGGCUUUUCGGGGCGAGACUCUGGCAGCCAGCUCCUCCGACAAGACGAAAUGACUUUCGAGGUAGCCGUGCGCGGCAUGUUGUUCUCACUCCCUAACCCCGUCAAGCGCAAGACGACGACGAUGCCCCGAGGCGGCGACGCCUUCAAGAUGUUCUACCCGACCAGCCUAAAGCUGUGGAGGGCAAAGGAGGAGAUUGAGGGCCUAAUAGACGUGUGGUCGACAAAGGCGCUCAAGGGUGACGGCCAGGGUCCGACUAAGAACCUCACGGACGGUGCCAGCGCGUUCCGGAAACCACAGGCGUCGUCAUCGAGCGACGUCUCCUGGAUGCAGCGCCAGCAACAAGCCCGAUCCGCAAACUCGUCAAAGUCUUCCAGUGCUCCAAAAGACGAGAGCGAGGACGCUCCACCGCUUCUCUCCCUGGGGAGCGCAGCCCGACGCGAGAUGCUGCUCGACCGCCUCCCCUACAUGGCGCACAUUGCGCGUGCGCGCAAGGCGCCCAUCCGCCUCCGCGACCUCGAGAAGAUUGUCUCCUUUAGUGGCGUUAACGCCGCCGACGCGGACGAGGAUGAGGACGCGGACGAUGAGGCCGCCGCGCCGGGCGAGGCCUGGGCUACGGACAAACCUUCGGAAGAGGCGAGCCCCCGCAAGAAGGCCGCCGGUAUCAAGGCCGGCGGCGUGUCGGGGAUGCUGGCCCAGAAGCUAGUGCUAAGUGACGAUGAUAUUGAAGAUUGA